CCUCAAGCAGUGGUACAGGCUGGAUUCAGGGAACCGGAGUCCGGGUCUUUUCUGGAGAAGGCUCAUGAUUGGCCCCCGGGUACCUGGCACACUGAACCAUGGCAGGUGGAGUGCAGACUUCGUGCUUUCCUUGGUUCACCCUGAUGCCUCUUUUCGCUGUGAGGACUCCUUCCGCACCCUGGGCCUGAUCCUCGGCGUGGGGCUCUCACUGCUGCUCAUGUCCGUCCUGGGCUACAGCCUGGCCAAGUGGUACCAGCGCGGGUACUGCUGGGAGGGGCCUAAUUUUGUCUUCAACUUGUACCAGAUCCGGAACCUGAAGGAGCUGGAGGUGGGUCCACCCUUCACCAUCAGUGGCCAUGUCAGCAGUUCUGAUGGCGGCUAUGGGAAGUUCUCCGACAAGCUAGUCUGAUGGGGGAGUGUUAGGCUCUGGAGCUCCGGAGAGGAGGAGGCUCCUGGUGCAGCACCUGCCCCUCCCAGACUCCCUGGGCUUCGUUCACCCUCCGGGGUCUUCAAGGCCAGGCCUGGUCCCUUGUUGUGGACGAUGAGGAAUCACACUGGGGAUGGCUUGGCACUGCCAAAGCCACUGUCUGUGCUGCCGUGCAGUUCCGAGUUCUUCAGCUCUGGGGACACUUGGGGGAAGGCCU